AUGAUUCCAGACAUAUGGGCUCUGUCUGAACAAACAGCCUCUCAAGAAUCUACUCCCAGCGAGCGAACCAUAUUUGUGCUAGGAGAAAGAAAGUCAGGGAAAUCAACAUUAGUAAAUAACUUCAUAUCACAAUCAUCCAACACUGAAGAGCCAAGACCUACUGUCGCUUUAGAAUACUCUUACGCCCGAGCGCCUCUUGGUAUAAACUCUACUCGUGAUUUAGGAUAUAUUUAUGAGCUAGGCGGUGGCCGACUUCUUGCUAAUUUAGUAUCAGUUCCAAUGACAGCAGAAACGCUUUCAGAGCUGAUGAUCGUAAUUGUAAUUGACCUCUCACAUCCAUAUAAAGUUAUUGAUUCCCUUCUUUAUUGGCUACAGGUUGUCAGGAACCGAAUUAAUGAAAUCUUAUCUCAUCUCCCUCCAAAAGAAGCCCAAAAAUACCAAAAACGAAUUGCAAAAAAAUGAAACAAACAUGAAGAUUCAGCAAGACUGGAACCAAUUCCGGUGCCUGUAUAUGUAGCUGCUACGAAGUAUGAUGUGUUUUGUGACCAGGAAAGUGAGAAUAGGAAAUGAAUGGCAAGAGCACUGCGAUAUUUUUGUCAUAAAAAUGGAAUCAGCUUAUUUUAUUGGUCUGCUAGAGACCAAAAACUAGUAGGCGCGCUUAGGAUGGUUCUGUCUUAUCAUUUAUUUGGGUCGCCUAUAAGAAAACAAAGCCAAAAAGACCAUGCCCAAGCAAUUCUUGUAUCGUCUGGAGAAGACUCUUUUCAGUCUAUUGGGCCACCUCCAAAUGUAAGUAAAGGUUCCCAUGGAAAUCAAGAUGAGGAGUGGAUGAGAGCAAUUCAACAGAGUUUUCCUAAACCUAAUCGAAAAUAA